CAAAAUCCCUUUAGGAAGCAGGGACCCCAUAAAGCUUCGAAUGUUCCAUUUGGCGAUCAUUUGGGCAUUCCGGUUGGGCAAGCUUUUUGAGAAAAUGGGGAUCUGCAGCCAAAUUCACUUCAUUAGAUUUUUAAUGAAUAUCCCACAACCAGGGAAAGACCCAAAGCUCUUAAUCAAGGAUGCAAAGUUUGAGCAUCUGCCUGUAAGAAUUUACCAUCCAAAAGGUCCCUAUACUGGGCUAAGAAGAGGACUUCUCUAUAUACAUGGAGGCUGUGGAAUGUUUGGAUGCAACAGGACCUAUGAACGAAUGUGUCGCUAUCUUGCCCGAGAAAGUGAUUCAGUGGUUGUGUAUAUUGAGUAUCGUUUAGGUCCGGAGUACCAACAUCCGAUCCAGCUGACAGAUUGCCUCACUGCCACUAAAUAUUUUAUGAAGAAUGCAAAAGACUAUGGAGUGGAUCCCAAUCGUAUCAUCCUUGCUGGGGAAAGUUGCGGAGGCUCAAUUUGUGCUGCUAUUAGCCGAGAACUGGUGAAAAGAGACUAUCCCUUAAAGCUUCGAGCCCAAGUCCUGCUGUACCCACUCUUGCAGAUAGUGAAUGUUAUUUUGCCAUCCUAUCAGCAAAACCGUUUUGGUCCUGGCUUGACCUCUAAACGAGGACUUAAACUUGGCUUUCAAUAUUUAAACGAGGAAGUAGUGGAUGUGGACGAAUUAUUGAAAAAUGCUCAUGUUCCUGAGGACAUGAGGGAGAAAUACAACAAAUGGAUUGGUGCAGAUUGCAUUCCAGAAGAAUUUAAAGCCAGAGGCUAUGAACCAUUAGCGCCUGCUCCAUUUAGGAAAGAAUUGUUUAAAAAAGCGAGACUUGAUGAUGAAACUUUGCUAUCACCUAUUUUAGAUGAGGAUGCUAUUAUUCAACAGCUCCCUGAAACAUACAUUUUAACCUGUGAAUACGACAUCUUAAGAGAUGAUGGACUAUUGUACAAGAAACGACUAGAGGACAAUGACGUACCUGUGACCUGGCACCAUCUAAAGGAUGGGUUCCAUGGACUUAUAACAUUUAUUAAUGCUUGGCCAUUUGAAUUUUCAAGUACAAAAGCAGCAUUUGAAGGUAUAUUAAGUUUUAUUAAAAGGUUGUAA